UAGUGGAGACACUGGAGACCAGACUUGGACUUUGCUCUGGUGACUCUGAACUUUUGUUCAGUGACUUGUGAGUUCAGUAACUCAUACUUUUCUUUGGUGGGACUUGACACUGACUUUUUCUUUGGUGGGACUUGACCACAACACAGUGGCGGAAAGUGAUACAAAUGUGUUCAUGUAACAAUGAUGCAAGAUUAUUCAAUGAUGUCCAUUACACACUGAUGUUGCUCCCGGCCGUGCGCACAGCAGGCAGGCAGGCAGGCAGACAGACAGACAGAGGGACAGACGGACAGGUCGUCCCUCACCUGCUGUCCCGCUCUGCGCUGCAGUGGCUACAGUAUGAGAGCACAUGAUUCGUGCACAGCUGGACACAAAGGGAGAUCUGCCUCAAUCGCACCUUGCCACACUUGGACAUUACAACAUCACACGCAUGGGAGACGCAACGUGCAGUACUUAAAAUCCCGGAAGAUCCAGGAGACAUGAUGCCCCGUCUGCCGGGCGGCGGCAGGACAACGAGCGGAACCACUGGCACCCUGCUAUCGGCUUGUCUGGUCUCCGCUUGUGCUGCGCUCCGGAGCUGCGGGGAGGUCCAGUGCGGCGACGGCCAGCAGUGCUGCCCGCCCGUCGUGGCCAGCAACGGCAGCGCCGGCACCGCGGUGCGCUGCUGCAAACUCCCCAUCCAUAUUUUUUUUGACAACGUGGGCUGGUUUACGCGGAAGCUGUCGGGAAUCCUGAUCCUGCUCCUGCUCUUUGCCAUGGGCUACUUCAUCCAGCGGAUCAUCUGCCCGCGGCCCCGCCGGCACCCGCACAACGACCGCGGCGAGGAGCCCUCCCUCUUUAACGGACACGCGUCAGCGUCCCAGGACUCCCUGCUGGACCGCUACCCAGAGUACAGCCUCGGGGACUUCACCUCCCCGAGUCUGCCAUCUUAUGACGAGGUGAAAUACUUACCCACGUACGAGGAGAGCAUGCAGGAGAUGCACAGAGACCGAUCCGAUGACAACUUGCUGUCGGAGGCUGAGCGGUGCGGACCAUGCGAUGUGGACAGCAGGGGGACAGCUGCGGGACCGAGGGCUGCAGACCAGAGGCGGGAUGUCCUGCUGGAGGCGCCCGCACCGCAACACAGCCCUGCAAGGACAUCACGGAACUCUGUGUGACGGGAAAAAACAAUAACAAAAGCUGCAGAGACAAUAUAGCAUUCUUAUUUUAAUACCACCAGGGUAAUGAUCCUGCUGCAGAGACACAAACUCAAGUGCAAUUAUAAUCCUGAAUGUCAAGAAUAAAGAAGGAGGCUGAGAAAA